GUUACCUGCGGCUUAUAAGGAUGUAAGUACUUGACCAUCCAUUUUGACCUUCCUCCCGCUUUUGGGCCAUCUCGUUUGCUAGAACAGAAAAGCUCCCAACAGUAUCCCUGCCCGACGCCGUCCAGCAGACCCCAGCUAUUACAAGAUGCCUGUGGCCUAUGAGUUACCUCAACUUCAGUACAGCCUCGAUGCGCUGGAGCCCUCCAUAUCGGGGCAGAUAAUGGAUCUUCACUACAACAAGCAUCACCGAACGUACAUCACCAACUUGAAUGCCGCGCUCGGGGCCCAAGCGGAAGCCGCCUCUGCCAACAACCUGGUCAAGCAACUCGAGCUCCAAGCCGCCAUCAACUUCAACGCCGGCGGACACAUCAACCACACGCUCUUCUGGGAAUCACUCGCCCCCGCUUCAAGCGGGCUCAACGUCCUCUCCGGCGUCGCUCCCACCCUCAACGAGGCCAUCACGAAACGAUGGGCCAGCUUCGAGUCCUUCAAGGCGGCUUUCGAGUCCUCUGCUUUGGCGAUACAAGGGUCUGGCUGGCAAUGGCUGGUCCAGGAUCCGCAGACGAAGGCCCUGGAGCUGACCACGAGCAAGGAUCAAGAUCUGCCCAAGGGCGGGAAGGGGAUCGUGCUGGGCGUCGACAUGUGGGAGCAUGCGUACUAUCUCCAAUACUUCAACAACAAGAAGGAAUAUCUCGGCAAGAUCUGGGACGUGAUAAACUGGCAGGUCGCCGAGAAGAGGUACAAGGGCGAUCCAAGAGCUGCCUUUGGAUCGUUGGCUGGGUUGGCUGGACAUCUGUAGCGCUAUUAGUAGUAGCAGAUGCGGGAAGAUGCUCCAUCUCCCUUUGCUUGGUGACUACUACUCACAAGCACCUGCCGCCUAAGACGAUGAUGAACUCGACCCCUUUUUCCUCUCCGCAACAUCUUGCACAAGUUUCUCCUCCAUGGCUUCCCACUCCUCCUCGGUUUCAGGCGGAUUCUUCAGUAGCGCGGCAAGCAUGACUCGAUGUGCGGGAAUCGGCUUCAUCGCCGCGGGCCAUGUUCUUCCCUCUGGAAACAGCAACGACUCGGCAUCCACGCCCUGUUCUUCUUCGCCCUCUCCCUGUCGAAGCCGUGCCUCUUUCUGCAUCUUCCCGUGCUCAGACAUAUAUUUCGGAUUCCCCUGGUGUCGUUUCGAAUUUCCAUGGCCCAAUAAGAGUGACAUCCGGAGCGCGUUUCUCAUGGCCUCGUUGGCGGGGGAGGGCGACUUGGAAGAUCCGGGAUACUGGACUAAGGUAAUGUCCGUGAAUUGGUCGGGGCCGGGACAAGCCUCGCCGUCCAUGAUUCCGUGCACAUAGGCAGUGCCAACGAACGCAUACUGUCGGUGGGCGCCGUGGGACGGUGUCGUGGCGCCACUUGUAUUCUGAGUGUUUGCUGGGGGCAUCGGGCGAAGAACAACGGGCAGCUUGGACCCUUGCAGCAGCCAGACUUGAUCCCCAGCCAUGACCUCCUUCUCUUGCCCAAAGACCGUGGAAAUACCCAGGCCCAGCCUCUUGUCCUUUGUGGCGAAGAGUUUUUUGGACUGCGUCCUGCCCAGCACGGUGGAAGCAAUCUCGGUGAACUUGGCAGGCGGCUCCCGGGAAGCCCAAUCUCGCGUCGUGGGCGGGAUGUUCUUGCCAAUCCAGUUAAUCCAACCGUACAACAGUUUAAUGUCGUCCGAGGUCGCUCGGCGGUUGUAGCCAUCACUUUGCGUGAACGUGUCUCCGAUGAGCGUCCGGCCAUAAACCUCCACAAGGGGGUCUUGCGGG